AUUACUGUGGGACUGUGUUUACAGGAAGCAUGGCGUGCUGCUUCAGCGUGACGGCCAGUUGCAGACAUUUUCCACUAGUCCCCCUGUAGCUUCGGGGAGGAUGACCAUGGAUAUGACUUUCCUCGGGACCGGCUCGGCCUACCCGUCUCCCCACCGCGGGGCCUCGGCUCUGGUGCUGCGGACGGAGGGGGAAUGCUGGCUCUUUGACUGCGGCGAGGGAACCCAGACCCAGCUGAUGAGGAGUCAGCUCAGAGCUGGUCGAAUCACCAAGGUUUUCAUCUCCCACUUGCAUGGAGAUCACCUGUUUGGUCUCCCUGGUCUCCUUUGCACCGUGAGUCUCAACACCAACCCCGACCCUCAGCAGGACCUGAACUGUGUGGACAUCUACGGGCCCCGGGGCCUACGGCACUUUCUCAGGGUGACACUCGGCCUCACGGGGUCACAGCUGCUCUUCCCUUACGCAGUACAUGAGCUGGAGCCCACACCUGAGCAGAGUCCAGAAGACGGACAGAUCGGUCUGGAGAUGACAGCAGAGUGCGGUCCUCUGCACCCACAGGAGCGACCAGGCAGGACAAUCUCCCUGGAUGUCUCCGGUGACUGUUACCUCCUCUUUGAAUGCAAGAAGUUCGUGGUCAAAGCCUUCAGGCUGUUCCACCGCAUCCCCUCCUUUGGUUUUUGCAUUCAGGAGCACGAUCGCCCUGGUAGACUGAAAACUGAACUACUGAAGGAACUGGGGCUGAAGCCAGGGCCCCUCUACGGGCGUCUGAAAGCUGGAGAGACGGUAACUUUGGAAGGCGGGCGUGUGGUGCUGCCUAGUGAUGUGCUGGAGGAAACCAUUCCAGGGAGGAAAGUCUGCAUUUUAGGGGACUGCAGCUCAAUUCUUGGGCAGGGACCACUGAGUUUGUGCAAUGGAGCGGACAUUCUGGUUCAUGAGGCGACUCUGGGGAAUGAGCACCGAGAGAAAGCCGUGGACCACGGACACAGUACACCUGAGAUGGCGGCGGCGGUGGCGCUGGCUUGCUGCGCGCGGAGGUUGGUGCUGUACCACUUCAGUCAGAGGUACAAACCCAGCUCCCUGCAGAAGGGAGGAGACGAGGACGACGUUUCAGAGCUCAAGAGACAGGCUGAAGAAGCUCUACAGGACAGUGGUAUAGAGGUGACUCUGGCUGAGGACUUUCUGACUCUGCCCAUUCCUCUCAGAAGACCAAGGUAAUGAACAGCCAGUUCUUAGCCCUUACAAUCAGACAUAUUUUUUGUCAUCCUUUGAUUUGGAAAUCAAACAUACAGUUGAUAUUAGGAUUUUUUUUUCUCCGCAUUUCCUCUGAGUUUUGUUUUGCUGUUUACACAGCUUUUUAAGUCUAACGUCUAUUAUCAACAAACCCUAAAUUAGUCAAACAUCAAAGUGAACUGAAUAAAAAUCUCGGCUUAAGGUCCACUUAUUUGCUAAUUCUGGAGCUUUCAACCAUAUCACGCAGUCUUCAUCAACAGUUGAAGUUUGCUUGUUUGUCCUGGAAAUGGAAAUGUUUGCGCUUUCCAUUAUUGUCAAUGUUGGAUCUUGGUUCAUUUGUUUUGAUGGGAAACUUUAAACAUCUACCUAAGACUCCAUGACAGCUGAGCAAACUCCUGCUGCUGAAGAAGACUGUGUAAUAACUGUCGAAAACUCCAGAAUAUGGUAGUGAACUGCAAGCGGACCUUGAGCUUACUGCAUUUUUUUCAACUGUUUCCACAGUUAAAAAUGAACUGUCAAGCUAAAUGAAAGUUUAAUGAUAGUUUAAUCAUUAUACCACAAUGUGUUAAUUAGUAAUUAUCCAAAAAAAAUUUCAAUUUAAUCGAAAUACGAGAAAUUAUCUCAAUGAAACUGUGUGAGUAAUUACAUCAUAGUUUUCAGUCUUACAGUUCAUUUCUUUCACUUUGUGGUUUUAGUGUUGAGUUACAAUCUUUCCUUAUGAGUCAGCUAAAAUUUCAACUUCUGUGUGAUGAUAAAUAAAGAACAUGUGAUCAUCUCUGAACCUUUUCCAGAGCUUUAUUUCUGGAUCUGUACACAAGGUAUUAAAGUACAACAGAAAAUACAAAAUAAUGUUUAACAAAAGAAAAAAGAAAACAACUCAAUGUUUAUGUACAAUUCUUAUAAACAAUAAAGAUAGCUUC